GAGUGGGCAGGUUCUGCGGUCAGCGGCUGAUCCCGUCGCGCGCCUCCGCGUCUGUACUCGCCAGUUGAGUGGGCGCUCUGACGGCGAAUAUGGCUAGUUCAAUCGCAACGCAGCGAUGCGUGUGCUUCGCCAUAGUGGCAUUGUUUACCGUGACAUGUGAAGCUUCUCUUUCGGGAUUGUAUAUUGAUAAUGGUGUCGAUCAAACUGUGAUACAUCAUUCUAUGACGCGACAUGAACGGUUGGUGGUCGAGCAUGAAAUACUGGAUCUUUUGGGGCUUGGUGAGCGACCUCGAGGUCCUCGUUUGCAGCCGCUAGAUCGUUCUGCCCCAAGUUUUUUAUUAGACGUGUAUAAACAAUUGGCAGAGGAACAUGAGCAGGCUCGUCCGACACGCAGCUCAGAAAUGGCGCUUAGUGGCGAUGAACAGCACGCUAUUGAUGAGAGCGAUCUCAUCAUGACUUUUCAAAGCAAAAAACAUCAUUUGGGGGCAUUAAGACAGGGACAUGGAAGACAUGUGUGGUUUGAAGUUGCUGGUGGUCCCGCUGAUCCAUCUGCUCUUUUAACUGCCGAACUCCGGUUGCAUCAAGCUUCAACGCACACUGAAGAUCCUACCAGUCUCUAUAAAGUGGUAGUGCAUCGUGUUCUCAAUGUUGACAACAUGGGGAAACUACAGUUGGAGGAGGUGGCUGCUGUGAAUACCAGUGCGGGUUCCGAGGGUUGGCUGGAGGUGAAUGUGACUAAUGCGCUAGCUGCUUGGCUCACCUCCCCUGCUGAUAAUCGAGGAUUCUUUAUCACGCUACAUCCACAUUCACAACCAGAACGCCACGUUAAACCGGAAGAAAUAGGUUUGGAGGAACCUCGAGGUGUCGUUAUAGAGGGAAAGCAGCCAUUUUUAGUGGCUUUCUUUAGGAGUGGUCCAAAACUAGGGAAUGCUGAUGCUGGUGCUCGUCGAAAACGUGAAGCGAAGCGCUGGCGCACAAAUGGAUUCUCUGAAAAUAAUCUUAGAAAUCCACUGACAGAUACAUCACAUUGGACUACGAGAAGUUGUGAAAUUCAGACAUUGUAUGUCAGUUUUAAGGAUCUUGAAUGGCAGGACUGGAUAAUAGCACCGGAUGGUUAUGGUGCAUUCUACUGCAGUGGAGAAUGUAAUUUCCCGUUAAAUGCGCAUAAAAACGCGACCAAUCAUGCAAUCGUACAAACUUUAGUACAUCUUCUAAAUCCCCAAAAGGUACCGAAACCAUCCUGCGCGCCCAUCAAGUUAUCCCCCAUAUCUGUGUUGUAUUACACGGACGACUCCAAUGUAAUCCUGAGAAAAUACAAAAAUAUGGUGGUCAAAACCUGCGGCUGCCAUUGAUUUUCUUUUAACGUAAUAAUGUUUAAAGGCAUUAAAAUAUGUAUCAAUAAGGCGAAGAACCGGAAAGCAAGAUAGUUUAUGCUAAGUACAGUGUACCGUCCACGAUUGCUGUGUUAUUGUAGGUAUCUUGUGCUGUAGCUGAUUACAAAGAAAUUAUAAAAAUAUUAGUUCACAAGUGCAACUUUCCUAAACAUUAUUUAGAUAUGAUAUAGGUACAAUAUAUACCUACAUUCGUAAACACAACCUAUGGUAUGAUACUUCGCAUCUUCCAUAAACUUUAUACGUGCAUUAAUUAUUAGGUAUAAAUUGUUAAAAUUCUCUAUACGUUACGUCGUGAUGACAUUUCCAGUGUGUCAAUGAUGCUUGAUUACUGUGUCCAUUCAUGUUAAUGAUUUUUUUAGAUCUUGCUACAACUAGAAACUUUGUAAAUAAUAUAAUUACUAGCCUAUUUAUAUUUAUGUGGUACUACACUAUGUUCAAAUACCUACCAGGUUUUGUGUAACUGUGUAAACGAGAACCUGGAAUAACUUGUAUAGUUAUCAUCGAUGUUGUAGUUGUAAUGGGAUCGACAUAACAUAUUAUUUCCAAAAGCAAACAUGUAAAUCCUAGCUAAAAUUAAAUUUUAAUGUAUUUCUGUAUUUUAUGUAUUUCAAACUGACAUAAUUGUGGUUAAGUACGAGUUAGUAUAGAGUAUGACUACUUAUGGAUAGGUUGUAGAUGGACUAUAUAUAUUUUCUUCAUAAAUUUACUAUAAUCUUUCUAUAUUAAGUAUAUUUGAAAUAUCAAUAUUAACGAUUGGUUGUUUUUAUUUCGUUCUGAAGUCAAAAGGUCAACAGGUGCGGUACAUAGAUAGGUAGUGAUAAAAUUAUGAAAAAAAAACAAAA